GGGUCAUCUGGACAGCCUCGUCAGCACCGUGGUCACAGUCGCACAAGGCUGAGGUUAAAUGCCGCAAUGCGUUUGAACACUUGUACUGUGGUAUUUCUCGCUACCAAAGGCGAUUCAUCCCUGCUAACAUACCUACAAUAAGGUGCCUAUUAAUUAAUUGAAUGACCUCAAUGACUGGCGCGGAUUCGUGCUCCAUUCCAGCUUAUCAGGCGCUUUACCUGUGGCCUCGGCUCAUUGGCUGAGAAUAAUGACGUUUCACAUGGCAGGGCAACGCAGCAGCUUCAACGAACCUCCGCAGUUUGUUGCUCCAAGUCGAUUCUGUCACUAUUGCGUAGGACUCAAUGAGAUGGGUGCCUACUCGCACCAUUUGUGAAGUCUUGUUUGAUCAUUCGAGUCGUCGAUACUACACAUCCUCCUGGUUGAGGCAUUGAUACCAUGUCUUUCAUCGCGUCCUGCUGCGGCUUUGGCCGUAAAAACAGGGCAGAUGACACGACCCCAUUGUUACCUCGCUACGAGGACGACACUGCUCGUGAAAGGGCUCUUCAUCAGAAAAUCCACACUUAUCAAAUGCUAAGAGCUCUAUCAAAGGGAUACAUGCCAUCCAAUGAACAGACCAUAGUCAACCUCCGAACCCUCCUCGCAUCCGACCUCCUCAGUCCAAAUAAUCGUGAGCUCAGCGACUCUGGCCGCGCCCUAAUUCGAAAUUGUCGAACGUGGUUGAAGAUAUUCAUUCAGCUUCUACAGCACAAAAAUAGCGAUGACCAGAUUCAAGACUUCAUUUGGUACCUGACGAAAUCUCGAAUCUCCCUGGACGUCAACGACAUCUCGCAUUCGGCCUCCAAAGUCAAAGCCAGGGCCGACGCCCAAGCAGCAUACCAAAGCUUCCGGACUGUCGGCAGCCUCCUCCUCACCAACUCGGAUUUCCGUUUAUUUGUCAAUGAUGUUGCCACUAUAGGAAGAGAGGUGCUUGCGGACACCGCCUUUUCCUUGUCAGAAGUGGCCGAGAAGACUGGCAAGCAACUCGAGCUGUCUGCCGAGGAGGAACAGGCCAUUUCCAAGCCAGGCGCUGAUGAACGCAUCCAACCGUCCAAGGAGGAUGUGGAGGAAACGGCACAGAGAGCGACGGAUGAGAUUGCCUCGCAGUUGAAAAAGGUUGGGACAGAUACCGUUGUGAGCGCCAAAGAGCACAUUGGCAGUGAUCAGAGCGACACUCUACUGUAUCGCCUCAAACAAGCUGUCCUCAACCUGAAGAGCAGGACCGAUUAUCACGACUCGGUGUCCACCAUUUCCAAGCUGAUCCAGAGAUAUGCCAUCGCAUAUUCCCGAGUUGCUGAUGCGGCCAUAUCGACUGCGCAAGAGGAUGUUCAUACCAAUCCGGCGUUGGAUCGCGCGAUACGCAACUUUUGGGAUCUGAUGAGCAGCUUCGGCGAUCGCGAGCAAUGGGAGCGACUCGAACAAGACUGGAACAAAGUCCUCAGCCAUGCCAGGUCCGAUCCUCAAUUUGAAGAUUUCAUGGUCGACGUUGGCAACACCGUGCAACGGAUGUUCACCGACCCAGAGUUUUUCGACAAUGCUGACAAGAAGCUGGACGAGCUCAAGGACAAAUCUGCCAAGUUGGGCCAUGACUCUGAAUUCCGAACCGACUUUGACAAAUUACUUCGACAGGCUCAAGUUACCAUCAACUCGGUCAUGGAAGACAAGGAUGUCAACGGUCUGCUUCUAGCUACCCGCCGCAUCUACAACGCCCUGUCUCCGCCCAACCGUGUCAUGAACCCAGACCUGAUCACCGAUUCCAUCCACAUCUUCCUCCCAUUGCUGAUCCGCAGCGUUCAAUACUUGCCCAUACCUCGCGUCGAAGUUUCCGUGCCGGAGAUGGACCUGCUCCUCGAGAAUCUCAUCCUCGAGCCAGGUCGCAACGUCAAUUCGACCUCCUUCCUCCCCUACCGUCUCCUCGUCUCGACCAAGAACGACCUCGAGAUUCGCAAGACACACUCCAAAAAGACCGUGUCGAACACCACCUCGCAGAUGACCAUAACCGUCAACGGUCUCAGCGUUGCGGCACAGGAUCUCGGGUUCUGGAUCCGCGGCCACGCAGGGCUGGUCCGUUUUGCCGACGAGGGGAUCGCGAGCUUCUAUCUCGACGAGAGAGGCAUCGACAUCUCCCUGGACCUCGAGAUCGGCCGGGAGCGCCUCGAACAGAUCCUGACCCUCCGCGGCGUCCGGGUCCACAUCCACAAACUCGACUACGAUCUCCGCAAGUCCAAGCUGUCCUGGCUGGGGUGGCUGUUCAAGCCCCUGUUGAAGCACCUCGUCCGUCGCUCCCUGGAGAAGACCAUAGCCGAGAAGAUCGUCGAGGGCCUCAGGGCCAUGAACCGGGAGUUGGUCUUUGCCCGCGAACGGCUGCGGGCCACCCGCGUCGCCGACCCUCGGGACGUCGUGACUUUCCUCAAGGCCGUCGCGGCGCGCCUCACGCCCGCGGAGGAUCCGGAUCUCUACACCAGGAUCGGCGUCGACGCCCCCACGCGCGGCGUCUUCAAGGACGUCUACACCCCCGGCAGUCUGGUCAAGAUGUGGCACGAUGAAGCCCUGAGGGCCGAGGAGACCGUGGAGGAAAACGAAGAGACCGGUGGAGGUUGGAGGAAUGCCAUUUUCGACGUCAAUAUCGUCUGAGUCGAGGAACCUUUGGUGUGUCGUGGGACGACUGUGCUUUUGCCGGUGUGCGAGAACGGCGACUGGCAAAGGAUGAAAAGUGACAGCCUCUGUCUGUGGGUGUUGUUCAAAGAAGCAGCGUUCCCGUUUUGUUUCUUGCUUUCCCUCGCCACCGUCCAAAAGGUAACAAGGUAUGCAGGUGUUCUCUAGGUUUUUUCUCUCGGACGAGUCAAGUCAAACAGUGUAUGGUUGUUGGUACAUCCCCAAGUCAGGUAUAAUGAACAAAACGGCAAAGCAUUGUUGAUGGCGUUGGGUCGGAGACGUUAAAAUGUACAGACACUGACACCUUCGUUUCUGAAUUUUCAAUGACGCCUCGACACCACCGGUGCCGUGGUCCGUCCUCGUCCUCGACCAAGAGUCCUGUAACUGUUCUUUUUUUCCUUGUUUACACGACUAUCUUGAUCCGAAUCGUCCUCAUCUAUCGUGUCCCGUCCCGUACUCCGUACAAUGGGGUUUCCAGCCUCGAGGAAGGGUUCUAGUAGAAUACAAUUGAGCAAGAAAAGAAAACAAAAACGGACGCCUUACUCCCCCCCCG